AUGACGCCCGCAAAUGCCGUAUCCGUCGAGGUUGUUACAGAAGUAAGGAAGGUUGUGUCAGUCGUCAAGGUGGUUUCUGUCGAUAUGCAAGUGCAGAGCAGCCAGAACAGACAUCAUGAAGUUGAUGGCGAAAAGAGGGAAAUGUUUCAAAUACCUGAGGUUCCUGAUCCUGCAGUCAAUGUGGAGUUAACCAGAGGGAAGGGUGCCGUUGUCAUACUUGUCGCCACAGGCCCAGCUGAUAAUAUUGUCGUGCCAGCCGUGGAUGCCGUUGCCCAAACAGAAGUACUGGAGUUGCUCAAUGGAAACGGUGGCGAGACUGGGGUUGAUGAGGUUGUGGCUGUCUCAUUCAGGCCAGCCGACGAGGAUGUCGCCGGCAAGCUUGUGGACACUGUAGCAUUCGAAGAUGUCAAAGCUGCGCCAGUAGGCUCGGCAGUCGAAGUUGAAUUUGGGCCAGUGCCAGUCACGAGGGUUCCGGUGAAUACGAAGGAGGAAGUACUGUUGGUGAGAGGAAAUGGUGCUGAGCUUGUCCUCGCUGUGGACACGCUUGUUGUUAACGAGGUGGAUGUGCUUGUCGUCAAGGUCACCGAGGUGUUCGUCUUCACAGAAACCGACAAGACUGUAUGA